CUGCAUGUUUCCUAAACUUCUCACCAGGUGGAAUCACAUGUAAGAAAGACCAUAUCUUGUUGUAGGAGCUUCUAGUUGUAAUUAAAUUCUAAGUUCAUAACUCACAAAAUGGAAGGAGAAGAAGAUUAUUCUGCAGCUAAUGCUGGAGCUUCUGCAACAUAUCCAGUGCAGUGCUCGUCUUUAAGAAAAAAUGGUUUUGUUAUGUUAAAAGCUCGUCCUUGUAAAAUCAUGGAAAUGAGUACUUCAAAAACAGGAAAACAUGGACAUGCCAAGGUACAUCUUGUAGGACUUGAUAUUUUUCCUAAUAAGAAAUAUGAAGAUUUAUGUCCAUCUACACAUAAUAUAGACGUUCCAAAUGUUAAUCGUUGUGAUUUUCAGCUCAUUGAUAUUAGUGAUGAUGGUUUUGUGACUUUAAUGAACGACAAAGGUGACACCCGUGAUGAUCUCAGAAUCCCAGAGGGAGAGCUGGGCACAAAGAUUAAAGAUGAAUUUGGUAAAAAAGAUAUUACAGUGAUA